CAAUUACUACUCGCUGACUCUGCCGCCCGCAGCCUUCCUAGCCGGCGUUAUCAAUGCAAGCCGCAGGUGGAGGUGGAGGGAACAACACAGGCAAAAUUGCUGGAAUCGUUGGCGCCAUAGUUGGUGUAACAGUAGCCGUGGUGGGGAUCUGGUACUGUUCAUGCUUCCGCAGGAAGAAGGGAAGGUCUGCUGGAGGAGAAACCAGCUAAGAAAUACUGCUACCCGAUUACGAUGGCUCCAAUCACAAUGCCGCAAUUGGAAUCGAAGUUCCAGGCCAUGAGAACGACAGGGUAGUCCACUGUUACAGUCCGGCUACUGUUCUGGCAGCCACAAACAACUUCUCCAAUGGCAAUAAGCUUGGACAGUGAGGCUUUGGCCCUGUUUACAAGGUCAGUACUUAAUCAAGCCUCUCUCAAUGAUCACUAGUAAUUUGGUAUAAAGAAUGAUGGUACAAACGACCCAUUUUAAAAAGUCUUUCGAUUACUCGAGUUAUUGGAAAGAGCUAGCCACUUCGACUAUUGUGACGAGCUGAGCUAGCUCUCCGAUGUGGUGAUGCAGGGGAAGCUGCAAGACGGGCAAGAAAUAGCGGUGAAGAGGCUUUCCUUGAUAUCCAAGCAAGGUCUGGAAGAGUUCAGGAACGAGGUGAUGGUGAUUGUCAAGCUUCAGCACAGGAAUCUGGUGAGGCUGUUGGGUUGUUGCUUGGAGAGAGGGGAGAAGCUGCUUGUCUAUGAGUAUUUGGCCAACACCAGCCUUGACGCCUUCCUUUUCGGUUUGCACCCUUCCUAGGUUCUUGAUUCAUCGUUCUUACCUGCUUUAAAUGACCUACAGACUUACAGUACUUGUCAUAAACAUCGUAAUUUAUGCAACAGAUCCGAAGAAAAGCAAGGAGCUCGACUGGGAAAAGCGAGCAAACAUAGUAGAAGGCACAGCCAGGGGACUCAUGUACCUCCACGAGGACUCUCGUCUUAAGAACAUCCAUAGAGAUAUGAAAGCGAGCAAUGUGCUUCUGGACGAUCAGAUGAAUCCCAAGAUCUCGGAUUUCGGGACCGCUAGGAUAUUCGGAGGCAAUCAGAUCGAGGCCAACACUGAGCGAGUUGUUGGAACAUAGUAAGUUGAUAGACGAAUUCAUAGAGUUUGUAAUGGCCGCAAACUAUUGACUUGAAAUGAUGAAUUGUACUUGUUUUGAACAGUGGGUACAUGGCUCCUGAGUACGCUCUAGAGGGAGUGAUUUCGACGAAAUCAGAUGUCUGUUGGACGAAAUCAGCGUUGCGAUUGCACAAUCAGUGUUGCUAAAAACAGAAAAUGAAAAGAAUAAGGAAGGUAUUAGCUCAGCCAAAAUCCAUUUUGAAUCUCCUUACCUUAUGAAGAAGUGCAGCAACGGUCAAAAGCUUUAUAUAUAUAUAUAUAUAUAUAUAUAUAUAUAUAUAUAUAUAUAUAUAUAUAUAUAUAUAUAUAUAUAUAUAUAUAUAUAUAUAUCUGUGGUUCUUACUAAUGGGAAUAACUUUUGUAAAAAAAAAGCGGUACAGGGCUUGGGGAAUUACAAAAGGGUUUGACAAUCAGGGGAAUAGGUUCUGAUUGUUCAAAGGUGUAUCGGGUCUGGUUGGGAUCCGGGAAUUGGUUACUUUGCUAUCUCUUUACAACAUUUUGUCCUUGUUUCGGUUUAUGUUUGAUAGGAGAAAACGUAAUAAAAAGAGUCUCCUAGAAAUCAGUGGGUACUGAUUCUAGGACGAGGAGUGACCAGUAGUUUGGGAACCUCGUUAAAAUCGUCUGUGUCCAUUUAAUCUUCCGCCUGUGUUCUUUCGUUUUAAGCUUUACUGCUCUGUUUCUUUUUGUUUUCCUUUCCCCUGUUUCUAGUUAGCAGCCCUGUUCUUGCUAGUCUUCUAUCCAAGGAAGAAGACGAGUCCUUGACUCAGAAGCAGCAUGCUUUACGUUAGUGGGCCAGAGUUUGUUUAGAUAAUAAGUUGGUUUAAUUGUAUUUUGGGCUUUGUGAUAAUUGGGCCCAAAUUGUGAAAUCUAGAGAACGAGAUUGGAAAGGAGAUCAGAUCAACACCAUCUCUCAUUUCCAUUCGUCUUCCUCCAUUUCCGAUUUUCCCCAAAUCAGCGCAAAAGCCUAAUUCAAACUAACUCUAUUUCUGUUUCUCAAUGUCUACAGCUUUGGAAUCUUGAUGCUGGAAAUCAUAAGUGGAAAGAAGAACAGAGGAUCGUUCGACCCGAGUCAGGCCUCUAGCCUUCUUUUGCAGGUAAUUACCAAUCAAACUUAAUUACCAAUGCCCAAAUAUUGGCCCUAAAAUUCGAAUCCUGAACAUGUGGUGCCACAACUUGAUUUCAGGCAUGGGAGCUAAGAACUGCCCGGCGAGAUGGAUCCAUAUUGCAUUGUUGUGCACGCAGGACGAUCCGGCUGAACGGCCGACCAUGUCCGCUGUGGUCCGAAUGCUCGGAAGCAAAUCCGAUGACGAGCUUCCACGGCAGUUGAAACGUCCUUUCACCGCCGGCGGGUUCACCCACGUUUCCGAUCUAUCUUCCAGUACCUCCGGUACCGGCACCGGGUUCCUGACGUCGGAUCAAUCCACCUGUACUAGCUAGCGGCGUUUCUCGGUAGUCUCGUUUUUUUAGGUACAUAAAUUGGUCUUGGUCUGAAUAGGAAAAAAUGGUUGAGUUAGGAUUGUAAUUUUGACAUCUCCGGCUGAGCUACUUGUUUCUAACCUAUUUCAUUCUCAAUUUAUUCUAUUUAGAACUCGUUACUUUAACAUUCAUGUCGGUUAUAUGUCAAACUUCUUGAUAAUUUCUUUUAAUGAAACAGCUUAGUCUGCAUAUCUCCGUUGCGAAAAUCAUCGUUAAUGUAGCCACAAAGAUUAAUGCUUUCCAGAUAUGUGUCAUGUAGAGAAAGUCUGACAUGAUUGGUUAUAUACAUGAUCAAAAAGGGCAUGGUUGUGUGAUUUCGUCUAGAUGAGUGCCACACAUUAAAAUUAUGACGAUCAAGACAACAAUAAUUGUCCUUGCACGUCUUACAUUACCAUUUUUAUAUGUAUACAGAAGCAUUUUGUUGAUUUCUUUUCAAAAUUCAAGACCAAUUCAUAGUUUUUUACUACUUGCUUUCUUCGAGAAUUCCAUGCGAGAAUAUCGUCAUUAAUCCACAAAUAACUUUUUUAAGGCUAAGUUACAAAGAAUAAAUGACAAAGAUUGUCGAAACCCAAUUUCUAUAUUCAUAAAAUUCACCCAAACUCGUAGAAUUCUAAAUAUACAGCGUUCAAUAUGUAGAGUAAUGUUCCACCUCACACAUAAAAUUCACCCAAACCUCACACCUAUCUGUUGGCCCAAACUACAAUCCCCUCAGGCCCUCACCUAAGUCCUAUGUAGAGUAAUGUUCCACCUCACCAGAAAAUGUCAAAUGCAAACCUCUCAAUCUGAAUGUACAAAGAGAAAAUCGAACAUACGCAAAAUGCAGAGCUCAUGAAAUAUGCUUGGAAAAUGGGUUAAUUGCAUGGUUGGUUACUGAGAUUACAAAAAACGUUUAAGUUUGGUCACUCGAAAUAUUUAAAUCCAUUGGUGGUACUUCAGUUUACUAAAACCGUUCACGUUUGGUCACUCUCCGUUCAACUCAGUUAACUUUUGCUUAUGUGGCAGUCAACUCUAAAAGUUGAACGUUAAAUGUGUGUCGUGGAAAUUAAAAAAAUAAUUAAAUAAAUAAAACUUAUUUUUUUAAAAUUUCCACCUCAUUUCUAAAUAUUUUAAAAAAUAUAUUUGUGAAAAUAUAUUUUUUUAUAGCCAAUUAUCGUUGCGGUGAUUAAUUAAAACCCCCACAAUCACCUACAAACCCCUCAAUCACCCCCACAAAAGUGGAAAAAAUCCCACUGUACACAUGUUCUUAAAAAAAUUCCCAAAAUACAUAAGUUAUAAAAAAAAUUCCCAAAAUACACAUGUUUGGCAUUCACCGUUUUUGACAAACGCAGUGAAUAUAAUCACCGUCUUUGUCAAACACGGUGAAUAAUUCACCGUUAAAAAAAAUGGUGACGUAUUCACCGUCUUCAACUAAAACGGUGAACAACCAGCGAGGCAAUCACCGUUUUAGACGGACACAGUGAAUCAAUCCCCGUUUUAAUUAAAAGCGGUGACAUUUAAACUGCAGUGAUUGGCCACGAUGAAGCGAAGCGGAUCGCUGACGUGGACAAACGCGGUGUAUUCACCGCGUUAAACAAACACGGUGAAUACCCCGUGUUUGUUUGCGUCAGCGAUCCGCGUCGCUUACGCGUUCACCGUGGCAGUCGGAUGCGGUGAGGCGCGGAUCGUGGUUUUCUUCCCAGAUCCGACGCCUCACACUAAGCCACGUCGCUCGAUCCGCGCCCUUUCACCGUCCUUGAGAAACGCGAUCACUUCACCGUUUCUGAGGGAGGCGGUGAAUGCUCCCCAGUUUUCUUCGCCUGAUCCCUUCCCCCAACUAUAAAUAGACUCCCCCCCCCCCCCCCCACCACUUACAACUCACACCACAACCAUUUCACUUCUUUCUCCCUCAAUUUAUCCGCUCUAGUCUCGUUCUAAGUAUGCUCUGUGAUUGCGGAUAAAUCCGGUAAUACCAC